AUGGCGUUCUGCACCUUUUGGACGGUCCUACUGCUGUCGGGCAGCUUCACUGGAGCCGUCCCAUCCCUGUCUCGUGCUUUACCGAAGCUGAAGAGGGCAAGUGGUAUUACCAGUUUCCUGGUGGAGCCCGAAAGCACUUUCUUCUCGACCGCCAAUGUGGCGUACUCCUCUACACUGAACAUUGACGCCAGCGACGGAGAUCUAUGGCCAACAACAUGGGCUGACGACGGAAGUCUCUACACCGCAAAUGGAGACGGCCGCGGUUUCUCGGCAGAUCAGGCAGACUUCGGCGACAUCGUCAUGAACCGUCUCGACGGCACGCCGGAGACCGGCAUUACGGGGAUGAGGCUCGCAUCCGGGACAGCACUCGGACCGGUGUGGACACCGGGGUCUUACAACCGCAAGCCGACCGGUAUUGUUGCAGUUGAUGGUGACGAAGACGGCCACGACGAGUUAUAUCUUGCGGUACAGGACCUGAACAAUGGGACAGCUGGACCUGGAGGUGGACCGACGGGAGACGCUUUCAAUGAAGCCCCCGCAGCAAGCAUUCUCCGAUCAACGGAUUACGGAGUGACAUGGACGCCAACAGGUAAAGCAAUGUUCUCCAACCACGUCUUUACCACCGUAUUCUUUCUUGACUUUGGUCAAAGCAACUCUCAUGCAUCUGUGCUUGGGGCCAACGACGCAAAGUAUGUCUAUGCUUACGGCUUAGACAACAACUGGAGAGAUUCAGUCAACAAUGCAGUUCCUGAUCCGCAAGACCUCUACCUUGGUCGUGCACCUAUCUCUUCAAUCCAGGAUAUCACUACUUGGGAGUUCUUUAGCGGCACCGCUUCAUCUCCUGCAUGGGAUAGCGACAUCAACGCACGUCGAUCUGUGCUGCACGACAAUCGGCGCGAAUACCCCGGUGGGACGACCACAGAUGGAUUCUCCAUUAUCUCACAGGGCAGCGUCGUCUACAAUGCGCCCUUGGACCGGUACAUCUACUCGAGCUGGUCCGACUACAGCUUCGAGUUCUAUGAAGCACCACAGCCGUGGGGUCCAUUCACGCUCUUUCACCACAAGGACUUUGGCCCAACGCCAUGGUUCGGCAUGAACACCACGACACCCAAGAAUGGUGGCUACGCAACUACCAUACCAUCGAAGUUUAUCAGUGCCGAUGGGAUGGACAUGUGGGUUCAGUCCAACUGGUUUGUCGGCGCUGCGGCUGGUAGUGACUGGAAUUACUGCUUCUCUUUGCGGCCCCUUGUAGUCACCAGGUAUGGAGGGUCCGCAGCAAGGCCAACAAACCAAGCCAGUGACGACACUAACUUGGCCCGAGCUGACGAUACGGUUGCCAUUGACAAGACCUCUCACUACGGUCACCUUCUCUACCUUAACAACGGGGAUACGACUUACAGCGAGGACAGCUGGGACAACACCACCAAACCUCUCGACCGCUGGGGCUACACCUGGCCCAUGCCCGUGAACACGAAUCGUGUCGUCUACACGACUGGCGACUCGUUUCCUGAUGGUGGCUACUUCUCUGCGAACCUGACUGUGCAGGUGCGUCAGAACCUCCAGUGGACGGAUGUUGCGGGAUUGAAAAUCGAUCCUCCGUAUCCAUACAGCGCAGCCGCCAACCCGCAACAACGAUUCACAUUCACGUUUGACGACGUGGUGGGCGACGGGGUGCAGAUCAUUGGCGUGCCGGGUGGAACGUCGUCGUUUACCUCGGUAGCGGAGCUGGAGGUGUACUAUGGAGCUUCCUAG